AAAUGUUAAUUUCUUUUGUGAUUAGCACUUUUUUAACUGUGAAAUAUCUUCUGUGAUGCUGUGCCUGGGAUGGUUCAAGUCAAGCUGUGCAAAAUUGUGGAUUAUAUUUCAUGAUGUGGAUUAGUUAACAAAAUAUUCAUGUGUGCUGUGAUGUGUUUAGUGUCUAUGUCUCCUUGUGCAUCCAUUCAGAUUGAUUCAAGUUUAACUAGCCUUCAAAGUGCCUUUUCAAAAAUUUCUCUGUGAUGGACUUUCCCCCCUUAGUGUGUUUUAAGAUUUCAAGGAAAAUGAUCCAUGGAAAGGGAUAUGAAUUAGUUCUACUGUAUCGUUUAAAAUAUACAUUACAACAUGCGUAAGAGAAAGCCAUUAAAAAUUUUAACUUUAGUUUUACGGUUUUUGAAAACAUCACUAACAUACUUAGUGAUGUAAGCCAAGGCAAAGUGAGAACUAUCAUUAGUCUUUGUUCUUGUACAUAUGAUAAAUCAAGAAGAGAACCGUACCAAAACGAAGUUUCUAGUGCCUAAUCAGAAUGCCAUCCACAAUGCUCCAUCAGUUUUUCUGGAAAAUACAAUGCCACCCAUGAUUCGCGAUAACGCGGGUCACUCACGUAGAGAUGUAGGAGCACCAGUAUCAUGUACACGUGUGACAACAGAGUUAGGUGUUUCAGUGGCAUCUGCAGUGCAUUCAUCCAAUGCAGUGUCCGUAAAAAGAGCCGAAUCUUUGCACAGAAAAGGUGAAUGUACGAAUGGAGUUGUGCCGGCUGGAAACGGCACCCCGAAUGGCACUGGCACAUCUACCUCUGUUAAGUCUACUCGUGAUGGAUAUCGCGAAAAAGCUCUGGAGGAGAUCAGAAAUAGUCUUAAGCCUUAUGCAACAUCUGAUCCGCAUGGAGAAGGGAUUUAUGAGUAUAGCAGUGCUAGUAGUAGUGCGAGUGAGAGUAGUGGAGCGAGUCAAGCAACUAAUAAUUGGAGUACUGUGUUUCCCAAUUCAAAUGGUUUUCAGAAUCUCAACAUACACCAAGCUUUUCAACACUUAAUUGCCAUGGGACACAGUGAGGAAUCUGCUGCAUAUGUAUUAAAGUUAACUUCAGACAAGCAUUUAAAAGAGUAUGAAGAAACUAAAAUUGAUUCUUUAAAUGGCAUUUCCAAAAUGGGAGUUUCAAAUGCACUUAAAUACAAAUACCCACCUAAGGGAAUUGAUUUUCAAGAAUCAUCAUCUGACAAUAUAACACAUAAUAAUUUACGAGCUCCAGAAGUUUCAAGACAUGAAAACUCCAAUUUUUGCAUUACUGGAUUGAGGCAUAAAAUUCUUCCUGAUCCUCCUAAACUUAUGUAUGGAAGUUCUCUUGCUAACUGUGAAGUUUCAUCUAGCUAUAGAUCAAACUCCAUAAACGAUUAUUCAAAUAGUGAUGUCCCACCUCCUUUACCUCCUCCAAGAGGUACUACUUGUCCACCACCUACCCCUCCAAGAAGUACCCCUCCUUUACCACCUCCAAUAAAUUCUACAAUUUUAAAUUCACAAACUGAACUUGUAAAUUCAGCCACAAAUGGUGUUAAUCACAAGCAGCAGUACAUGAGACGCAUGUCACCGGUGCCAACUUCUUCAAGACAAGCACUCAAUUAUACUUCGUCUGCUAGUUCUACUCCACAGCGUGGAACAAGUCCAAUAACUUCAAAUCGCUCUCCAAUGGUUGUGGUGAAUAAUUCUCAAAUUCAUCAACAAUUGGCUCAACAGUUACAAGCUUUAUCUGUGAAUUCCAAUGGUUCAUCUCUUUCUUCUUCAUCCAGAAAUGAUACUUCACAUCAUACUGGUAGUCAUACUGGUAGUCAUACCGGUAGUCAUACCGGCAGUUCACAAAACGGCAAAUCUUGGUACUCUUCUUCUCCACAGCCUUCUUAUGCAUCAUCAAGUUCUGGAAGGCAUAGUCCAACUCCUACAAUAAGUAGUAGUGAAUAUUCUAUCCCUCCAGUUUUUCAGCUAAAAAGAACACCUCCUCCAGCUUACACUCCACCUUCCUCAUAUUCUCCAUCCCCACAGCCUUCUCCACAGCACCGUGCUCCUUCUCCUGGUGCUGCUGUAAGUGCUGUGACAUCUGUGCUUUCAAGACCAUCUGCUCUUCAAGCUUGGAGCUCCAGGCAAGCCAAAUCACAAUCUCCAAUAAUAAUGCAAUCUGUAAAAAGUACUCAAGUACAAAAACCUAUUCUUCAAACUGCUGUAGCUCCUACUGCGCCACAACCAACUUCCACCGUUUCUCCCACAUUUACGUCUACUGGCCAACAACCAGCUGUGUCAAGUCCUCCUCCUCCAUAUCCUAUUCACAAAGCAACAUCUGCUGUCAGUAUAAAUUCUACAAUGUCAUCUCAUGAUUCUAAUAAUUUACACCUUCCUUCAGCUAAUUCAGUAUCUUCUGCACGAACAGUGGAAUCAUCAAAUCCACCACCUUUAUAUCCUCGAAACCAAAAUAAACCUCAUCCGACUACAAUAAAUCAUGGGAAUGAUCCCCCUCCACCUCCAUAUUUAAUAGCCCCGAGUGUUCCUCAACCAGCCAUACCACCUUCACCUUCUGUACCGCCAGUACCACCGUAUUCUAAUCCGAUGUGGCAGACGCUUUCCUGUUCAUCACAAAAUAUUGCCAAUCAACCUCCUCCAUACCUUCCUGCACCCUACAGUCAUAGGCAUGUUCCAGAACCUUCUGUUAGUGAAUCCAAGCAGACAUUAUAUUCUUCAGAAAAUCAGAAUAAAUGGACUGAACAGUGCAACAAUGUGUCUUCUGAAAUUUCUCCUAUCGACAAUUGUCCUUUAUCUAAUGUUCCCACUACUGAUCCACCAAGUUAUGCAUCUAGCGUAGCAGCUCUCACCGCACAGAGGGCGGCAGCAAUGAUGACAAAGCUCAACAACAACGUGCCAACUAUUGUGAACAGUGGACCAUCAAAUUGUGCUUUUAGUACCAAUUCUUCUCAUAUAAAUAAUCCUUGUGUUGAUCCAGUUUUUAGUAGUAAGGGUGGAGAUACGAAAGUCAGUUCAAACCUUGUAAAUACGGUUGAAAGUAUAUGUACUUCUCAAAUAACUGCUCUUCCUGGUUCAUAUGUGAAUAUCAAUAAUACAAAUAUAAAUGGCAUGCCAGAAGACGCAUUUUCAUUUUUCGACAAUCACCACACUACAAUUCAUCGCAAACCAUCUCCAGUAGCAAUGGAUACAGCCAGCUCCGCUUCUCGGUCUGAAUCUCCUGUCUCCAGGGCAAUUAAUCAAUCACCUGUUUCUUUCAUGUCGACUACAUCAACUUCUUCACCUUCUACACAAUCAGAUUCUACUCAUGAUUCAAAUAAAAUGAUGUUAAACAAAGUGACCCACGAGUCUCCCCCUCCACCGAGGAAAAUGCUUUCUAAAGAGAAAGAAAAAGAACGCCGUGAAAGUAAAGUGAAAAAUUAUUCUCCUGCAGCCUACAAAUUUUAUAUGGAACAGCAUUUUGAAAAUAUACAGAAAUCUCUUCAAGAAAGAGCCCACCGUCGUCAGCAGCUUGAAAGUGAGAUGGCUAAAGUAGGUCUCUCUAAGGAAGCACAGUGUGAAAUUCGAAAAAUGUUGCAUCAGAAAGAAUCAAAUUAUAUCCGAUUAAAAAGAGCAAAAAUGAAUAAAUCCAUGUUUAUGAAAAUCAAAACAAUAGGAAUUGGUGCAUUUGGUGAAGUAGCUCUUGUUAGAAAAGUAGAUUCUAAUCAGUUAUACGCCAUGAAAACGUUGCGCAAAUCAGAUGUCUUGAAAAGAAAUCAAGUUGCACAUGUUAAAGCUGAAAGAGAUAUCCUAGCAGAAGCAGAUAAUGAGUGGGUCGUUAAACUUUAUUAUUCUUUCCAAGAUGAUGAAAACUUAUACUUUGUAAUGGAUUUUAUUCAAGGAGGUGAUUUAAUGUCCUUGUUAAUAAAAUUAGGAAUAUUUGAUGAACCUCUAGCAAAGUUUUACAUAGCUGAGCUUGUUCUGGCCGUAGAAAGUGUUCAUAAAAUGGGUUUCAUUCAUAGGGAUAUUAAACCAGACAACAUAUUAAUUGACCGUGAUGGACACAUCAAGUUGACUGAUUUUGGGCUAUGCACAGGUUUUAGGUGGACGCAUAACUCCAAAUAUUACCAAAGAAAUGGUGAACAUGCUAGGCAAGAUUCAAUAGAUCUGGAUGACAAAUGGAGUAAUGAGUGUCACUGUAAGCCUAGCAGUCUAAAACCACUAGAAAGGAGAAGGAGAAGAGAACAUCAGCGAUGCUUGGCUCAUUCCUUGGUGGGAACUCCUAACUAUAUUGCUCCUGAAGUCUUGCUCAAAACAGGUUACACACAGUUAUGUGAUUGGUGGAGUGUAGGUGUUAUACUUUACGAGAUGCUUGUUGGUCAGCCACCUUUUUAUGCAAGUUCUCCUGCAGAAACACAGUUGAAGGUGAUCAAUUGGGAAACAACGUUAAGGAUACCUAAAAAGGCUGAUGUUUCUGAUGAAGCUGCAGAUUUGGUGUUGAAGCUCUGCACUGUUUCCGAUUCAAGACUGGGCAGGAAUGGAGUUGACGAGAUUAAGGAGCACCCUUUCUUCUCAGACAUGGAUUUCAGCAGUGAUCUCAGAAAGCAGCCAGCUCCUUAUGUUCCGAAAAUUAGAUAUCCCACAGACACAUCGAACUUUGAUCCCGUCGAUUCGGAAAAACUUCGCAGUAGCAAUUCAGAAUCGAGUGAUGAGGGGAAUAUGGAUGAUUCUAGUGAUAAUAACAAACAUCCAGAACAUGCGUUUCUAGAGUUUACUUUUCGAAGAUUUUUUGACGAUGGUGGCCAAGUUUAUCCCACUAGAACUAAUAUAGAAGAACCAGCCGAGAAGAAAAGUUCUCCGGUUUAUGUUUGAAGAAUGAAGUAUUUAAAAAAUAUAUUCUUGAGUUUGUCUAGUUUUACAAAAAAGGUAGUGACUUUCAUUUAGGCGCGGCAUUCUAGUUAUUAAAUGUAAAUAUGCUACUGAGACUUAAAAAUUUUGCCAGUAUUGACAUACUUUAUAUUGUAUAGGUCAAUUUUGCAUCCAAUGUUUGAAAAUGUAUAAAAUUGCCUUUGGCAUUAAAACCAUUACCUUCUUUGGCUUUGUGUAUAAAUGUAGGUGUUGAUAAGAUUUAAGAAAACUCACAAGUAAUUAAUAUCAUGUGGAAAACUUUCUGACAGGUUUAUAAAAAUCAAAUACAGUGCCCGCCGCUUAUUAAAAUCACAUUCGUUCUGAGGACACUUGAUUUUAUAAAACGGCUGAUUUUAUAAACCGGCAUGCCUAUUCUCACUUAAAAAAUGAAAGGUUUUGAAAUUUAAAUACAACUCCAAAAAAGAAAUAAAUUAUUUCAUUAAUUUUUGUUUGAAGUGUUCCAAAAUACAGUUGACAUUUUAAAUAAACAUGAGGUACAUAUUUCUUUUUAU